AGGGGAUGUCCUACUGAAUCAUCAGAGCUGAACAGUGUGGAGUGGGACAGAUCAAAACAGACUCACACAGAGUGCAGCAUUCAGCUAGAAAGGUAAGGAAUGUCUCUCUGUUUUUAUUGAUGCGGCUAUAAUAUAUCAGCUGUAAUCUCAGCUGGUUAGUUUGUGUAAUUAGUUUGCAUGGCUUAUUUUAUAAUGACAUCUUAUCUGACUCACGGUGAAUCAUCUGCACAUUAUAUAAACACUGUAAAAUCAUAAAUUUAUUAUGAUAGAGCACUAUCUGCUCUCAUUUACUCAGUAAAUAGACCAUGAAAUAUACUUGUCAAAUUAUUGCAUGAAUAACAAAGUAAAAAUUAGUGCUUAUAGUUUCUACUGUUUAGGAAAGUUUCUGUAUGUGUAGUUGUAGCUUACUGUUGAUGGUAUGAAAUGUGAGCUUGUUCAUAUGUGAAAUCAUAUGGUGAUUUAUACAACUAAUAAUUAUUAUUAUUAAAUGCAUAAAGGCUUUGAGUGCUCAAGUAGAGCAGAAACGUGCUAUGUAAGAAAGAGUCUGUUUAUCAUUUACCAACUCUGAUUAAAUGAACUAUAAAACAAAACAAAUUUACUUUGUUUAAUCAGAAAACAGCAUUAAAUAUCAUUCAAAACUACUCCUGGUUGUAUUCACAAUUUUCUCACUGCCACUUCUCAAUUUUGGGUGUUCUUCUAGUACCCACACAAUUAACUGAAUAAUUCCUGAUUAUCAUAGAUGUCCGGUGCAAAGGUGCUGCAGUUCCUGCAGAAUAUUUCACGUAGAAAACCUCUGGAGCCUGAGGGUGAAGUGUCCAACUUUCGCCGGUGUCUGACUACCCUUGAUUUGGUGGCUCUUGGGGUCGGCAGCACACUGGGGGCCGGUGUGUAUGUGCUUUCGGGAGAAGUGGCCAGAGCUGUGGCCGGGCCAAGUAUCAUAAUCUCCUUCCUGAUAGCAGCAGUGGCCUCCAUCUUUGCAGGACUGUGUUAUGCUGAAUUUGGAGCUCGUGUUCCCAAAACUGGCUCUGCUUAUCUCUAUAGCUACGUGACUGUGGGUGAGAUAUGGGCUUUUGUCACAGGCUGGAACCUCCUGCUGUCUUAUGUCAUAGGGACAUCAAGUGUAGCCAGAGCAUGGAGUGGGACUUUUGAUGAUCUCAUUGGAAAUGUCAUUGCCAACUCUUUGGGCAAACAGGUUGCAAUGGAUUUACCUGGAUUGGCUCCCUAUCCAGACUUCUUUGCAGCAGGUAUCAUAAUGCUCUUGGCAGGGAUUCUUGCAUUUGGUGUUAAAGAGUCGGCCACUGUAAAUAAGGUUUUUACAGCAGUUAACAUCCUAGUGUUGCUCUUUGUUAUCCUCUCUGGGUUCAUAAAGGGGGACAUCAACAACUGGUACAGAUAUGAAGUCACCCUUCCAAACAAGAACUAUAUGACCCUGAAUAAAACCACCACAUAUGGCAGUGGAGGAUUUUUCCCUUUUGGUUUUGAGGGGACAUUAACAGGAGCAGCCACUUGCUUUUAUGCAUUUGUUGGAUUUGACUGCAUUGCCACAACAGGAGAGGAGGUUCAGAACCCUCAGAAGUCAAUCCCACUCGGGAUUGUGGCAUCUCUCCUUAUCUGCUUCUUGGCUUAUUUUGGUGUGUCUGCUACCCUGACUCUUUUGAUGCCAUACUAUUUGCUCAGCGUUCACAGCCCACUGCCUGUGGCCUUUACAUACAUCGGCUGGGGCCCUGCGAAGUAUGCAGUUGCUGUGGGAUCACUCUGUGCGCUCUCAACAAGCCUUCUAGGAUCAAUGUUCCCGAUGCCUCGUGUUCUCUAUGCCAUGGCCCGGGAUGGACUGCUCUUCAGACCUCUCAGUAACAUGAGUGACAGACAAAGUCCUGUCAUUGCUACACUGGCUUCAGGGGUUGUAGCAGCUAUCAUGGCUUUAUUGUUUGACCUGAAGUCGUUGGUUGACAUGAUGUCGAUUGGAACCCUGUUUGCCUACACACUUGUUGCCAUUUGCAUUCUCAUAUUAAGGUACCAAACUGACCUCAGUGAUGGUUCUAGUUUAAACAAAGCAGAACCUUUUACCAUUGGAGGGAUAGUAUGUCCUCCAUACCAAGCCACUACAAGGACAUCAAAAAAUGUGUCCCUUUUAACUGUUGUUAUUAUCUUUUUAGCAGUUGUUCUCAGCGUCUUCGUAUCUGAGGCUGUAGAUUACCUGCAAGCCCUGCAGUGGUGGAGCCUACUUUGUCUUUCUGUGAUAGUAGCAAUGAUUUUUCUCAUCAUCCUCAUCGUCUGGAAGCAACCGCAGAAUACAGCAGAAGCUGCUUUCAUGGUUCCUUUUGUUCCAUUACUUCCUAUUUUUAGUACCUUUGUCAAUGUCCAUCUUAUGGUUCAGCUUGGAUCAGACACUUGGAUCCGCUAUACAGUGUGGAUGGGAGUAGGUUUGAUCAUCUACUUUUGUUAUGGUGUUCGCCACAGUGUGCAGAAACAAAGGCUUGAAAAUUCACACGAUCGAGUCAGUAUUCACAGCAUCACUGCUGCUAUGGAACAAAGCACGAAACCUGGACAAGAUGUAACUGGAUAAAUACAGUGUGUAUUCAAUGACGUAAAUUUGAAAAAGAAUACCUGAUUUGCUUAAAUCUCACAAUGGUGAUUGUCUCAGGAAUUCACAAACUUUUAUUUGGCAGAAUCCAGCAAUGCAAGGCUUUAUGCAAUACUCUGCUUUUAUAUUACUGUUUUGUAUAAGACAUAAUUAAAGAAAAGAAUGAGGAAGGAUUCAGCAAGUAUUUCAAGUAUAAUCACAUAAUUAUUAGUAUUAUAUAACAAAAAAACCCCAAAACAUUUAGCUUAUAUAUUAAAUGGUAGAUAAUCUAUAGAAAUGUGGAUUUUGUGAACAACAGAGUAGAAGAUGACAAUGUUUUUAGUAGAAGCGACCAGAAUGGACAGAAGGACAGCUCAGGUUGAGCCAUUUGGACACAAAGUCAGAAAGCCAAAAUGGCCUGGACAUGUGCAGAAGAGGGAUGGUGUAUACACUGGACAAAGGAUGUUGAAGAUGGAACUUCCAGGGAGGAGGAAAAAAGGAAGACCAAAGAGAGGGUUCAUGGAAGGUUCAUGUAGUGAAAUAGGAGGACAGAAAAGUAUGCUAGGGACAGGGUGAGAUGGAGGCAGAUGAUCCCCUAUGCUGAGCCCUAAAGGGGGGAUUUUGUGAUUAACCUGUCACAGCUGUUCAAAAGGAAUUGUACUCAUGAUGCCCAUUUCUUUUAUGUGACAGAGUCAUAUUCAUGUUUAAAUGCAAUUCAACUAUUUUAUUUUUCUGUAUAUAAUACAUUGUAAUGGCAUGGGUUUAGUUUGUUUGCCUUGUACUUAACUGCCAGUAUAGCCAAUACUCUGUUAUUAAAUGGACUUUAAAGUAAUAAUUUUCUAUUGUCAUAAACAUUUGAUAGGCAUGAAAUUAAAAAGGCAUUGUAAGUUUUGAAUGAGAUACUCUGCACUUCAUGACUCCCGUCUCCCUAUUUUAAGUUUUAUUUAUUUAUUUUUUUACAUACCUUCCUUAUGACAACCUUUGUAAACAUGCCCAUACACAGCCAUGCUGCCUCCAUGCUGUGAUCAAAUGCCACAUUUAUUUACAACACGUGAUAUGAAAGGAACCAAUGAAAUGUGUGCUUUGUUUAAGCAGGCACCGUUUUUAAAAAAUGCUCUCGAUCAAAACAUAAACAGACCGUCUGUAGUGAAAGGCAAAAGAAGCCGUCCUCAAAAAAGAAAAAUUCCACCUGCUACUCUGGAGGAGUUGUCACUGCUACUGGAUACACUGCUGGAACACAGUAAAGCUGUGGGUUUGUCAGGAAUGGAAAUAUCACACUAAAUACACUGUAUAUUCACCUACUUUACCCUAGUCUCUGGCAUUUUUACACAACAAAUGCACACAGUCCCUUGGCCUUACAGAUCUACAGCUGCACUGUGUAAAGUACCUAAAUGCUGCAACAGUGACUGAAAAGCAGGCAGAAGCUAUUGAGGGGCACACAAGAUUUCAGCACAAGAGCCCUGAUUGGUUUCGAUGGCGUGCAGGAAGAAUUACAGCUUCAGUGAUGCACGCUGUAUUUGCCACAAGUUUGGAAACACCAGCCCAAAGUGUUGUUAAUUGUGUGUGCUACCCUGAAAACUGUGUCUGUUACACAAACAAGAUGGUGAGUGGAGCAUGAAGAGGACGCACGAAAGGCCUACACCAAAAAAAUUGCAGCACAUCACUACAAACUGCAGGUUCGUAUAUGGGGUUUUAUUGUGAACACCAUUUUUCCUGAACUUGGAGCAUCUCCUGACAGACUCACAAUGUGUGACUGUUGUGGGAAGGGGUGCCUGGAGAUUAAGUGUCCUUUUAAAUACACAACGGACAGCAUUAAGCAGACAUUGGAUGCACAGGAUAAAGACUUCUGCCUGGAGUCAGCUGCAAAUGGACUUCACUUAAAGAGGAUGCACCCCUACUACUCACAGGUGCAAACACAAAUCUUUGUCACCAGCUCCAACCACUGUGACCUCGUUGUAUGGACCCAAAGAGACAUGGCUGUGGUACGCAUCUUCCCUGAUGUGUAUUUCUGGGAACCACGUUUGAAGAGAGCACAAGAGUUCUUCAAAAAAAAAAAGUGUGCCUUCCAGAACUGGUGGAAAAAUAUUUCUCCAAGCAUAGUUCUGUUCUGAAUGCCCCAUAAUUUUUUAUUUAGGGGGUCUAGAUUUAUGCCUGAAGUGCAUUGCCAUGCAAAUAAUUUGCAUUUACUGAAUAUGUACUUACUAAGUACCACUGUUCAAAAGUUGAAUAAAGAAACAAAGAAAUUUCUGCCUUUUUUAUUAAAACCACUUUAUAGAACAUCAAAUCAGUUACAAUGUAGAAUCAAUAGUUUACAAAUGACAACAUUUUUACAUAAAAUAAUGACAGCGUUUACAUAAUAACACCCACUACUAACAUUCUGUAAAUUUACUGUAUCUUUUGAAAAAUUCACCCUCUUCACCCUCACAUGGAAGAAGUAAUCUGAUUGACAUGGUGGUAUGUAGCAUUUUGUACUUGUUGCUCAAACUACCUACAACUUGCCCGACA